UGCGCGGUUCUAGGUAAUUCCCCUUCUUUACGUUCUGCUACGAUCAGUUUGUAAAUAUUAUUGAGAAAGUUAUACAUAGUUAUGGCAAGUUUUGACAAUAACUCACAUCUCGAUGGAUACUUGUGCUCAUUGCGAACCACAACGUUCGCCAAACUUUCAAAUAUGUUGAAUCCCACCAAAGUUCUUCUGACUGACGACGGUCAUUUGAGAGAUUGGAGAGGCCUGGCAGAACUGAUGGGAUGCGACAUGUUGGUCAUCCAGAAUCUAGAGAAAACCAGCAACCCAUUUGCGGGUUUGAUUAGCCAAGUCAAAGACCUUACAGCCAACCAGCUUAUAGAGUAUCUUGAAAAAAUGGACCGAUAUGAUGUAGUUGAUGAUACAAUUGCUUUGAUGGAGAAUGAUUUAUAUCUAGCCUCAAGGCAAACCAAUUUACAAGAAACAAAACAAGAUAUUCCUCAGAUUGUUACCAUUGGUGACCAAGAACAAUUUAGUGAAGACGGUACUUUAGUUCAGUAUGAUGCUUUUGUUCUUUACGCAAGAGAAGAUCAAGAGUUUGUAAACACAGUAGUUAAAAAAAUAGAAGGGGAAUAUGGAAUGAAGUUGUGCCUUAAAGACAGAGAUUUUAUCGCUGGAUUACCGUUUGAACACCAAGCUGUCACGGAAUUAAUUUCAAAUCGUUGUCGAUUCGUCUUACCUAUAUUCUCGCCCAAUUUUUUGAAUUCAGAAGAUAACAAAUUUGUUGUUAACUUCUCCGAAGCCUUAGGCAUAGAGAGAGGAUGCCGGAAAAUCGUCCCUUGCGUGUAUCAGCAAUGCGACUUGCCAAAAUCUGUCCGCUAUUAUACUCGACUUGACUUUACACGGCAAAAUCCUUACUGGGAUUUCUGGGACAAAAUGAAAAAGUCCCUUGCAGAUCCUUCUGCGCCGCCUAGCGAGAGAACGGAUAAAAUCAACAUUUCUACCACGGAGAAUAACACUGAACAGAAAUACCCUGCUCGAUUGUCUCCCAAAGGAGAUCUAUCCGAGAAGAGUAAAUCCUACCCUGAAAAUGUUCCUGCUACUUGCUCCAAGUCAAGUAGCAGUGGUGAACAAAAAGAAAACAAACUGCUCCAUGAAGAAGUUGUUCAAGAGAUGCCCGAACGUGGCAGAGAAACGAAACAUUGGCUAAAAAAGAUGUGGAAGAAAUCCAAAAAGAAAUCCGUAGAUAAGCAGAAGGUUAAAGUCCUUGCAUUUUGAAAAAAUAAUUUUUCUGACAAACAGACGUGUGUAAAUAGAAUGCUCUUAAAUCUAAUUAAAUUGUGCGUCCGAGUAACAGUUAUUAUUUUUAAGAAGGAUGAGAGACGAGAUAAUUCCUGAAAAAUAUAUUUUCGCUCACGUUGUCAUA